AUGUACAACGUUUAUAUUGCAGAUAAACUCAGCAAACAAAAAGAAACAGAAGAAAGCCUUCACGCCCAAGGUUUACUCUACAAAGAAAAGAAAAAGAAGCUCGACGAGUCACUAACCGAAAGUUACCGCAAACGUAUGAACGAAACAAUCAUUAAGCUUGCAAAAGAUUUGGACAAUAAGAAAAGUCCUCGCUCAUCAAGUGCGACCCCAAGAAAAGUCGUUUUAUUUACCCAUCGUGGAAGUCUUAAAGACCAAGAUCGAAUCAAAGAUGCCAUCGAAAAAUCCAAAUGGCUUGAUACAUCUCCAUCUCACAGGCCCAUUUUUAGACUGAGGCAGCGAGACAAAAGCAAAGAAAUUCAGCCACCAAUGUACCAAAGGCCACGAACAGUCCAUGAACGUCUAUUGGAUACCAUAAAAUUUCAAAGAAGCUACUAUGACACUUCUCUGCCACCAAAUAGCAAUUAUAAAACCUUUUAUAAAGAUUUUACAGGGUCCUCCAAACAAAGUUUUGGGGGUGGAAAAGAAGUAAACAGCUACUAUCAUGUGAAAACUCACUUUAAAACUAUUGAAAGCAUGGCACUAGACUUGCAUAAAACUAUACGAAGCGAUAAUAAGAGCGAGGUGCGGCAGAAAAUAGCCCAAGAAAAGCAAGGAUUAACAAAGCAGCUUAUGAACCGGACAGUUAUAUUGCCUGACAAUAACAACGAAGUUUCUUUUGAAAUCAAAAAUCUUAGUGAUUUUGAGAUAUUCUGUGCUAGAUUGAAUUUUAAAUAAUCUUUACAAUUAAAGCUUUAGUCUUCUAAAUAUAAUCAGAGAGAAUAAUCCUAUCAAAGCAAGAUGUAGUUCCUCUGUCAAAUGAGCUUCUGCACAAAUAUCGCGUUUGGAAGCCGAACCUUCACGAAAAUUCUUUCCAUUUCAAAAAGCAGUUAAAAUAG